UAUAAAUAUAUAUUUUAGAACAAUAGAAACCCUAGAGUAUAUAAAGCCCUAAAUCGCUCUUCUCUCGUUGCUUCCCUCUUUCGCAGAGCCGCUCUCUCUUUCUCGCACAUUCUCUCAUCUCAAUCUCCUUCUCUCCGCCUCCGGUCUCCAGGCCUAAAGUGAGGGACUUGCGAAAAUGGUGAAGUUCUUGAAGCAGAACAAGGCCGUAAUCGUCUUACAAGGGCGUUACGCCGGACGCAAGGCUGUCAUCGUUCGCAACUUCGAUGAUGGUACCCGCGAUCGCGCAUAUGGCCACUGUCUGGUUGCCGGGAUCAACAAGUACCCCAGCAAGGUUAUCCGCAAGGACUCGGCCAAGAAGACGGCCAAGAAGUCUCGGGUUAAGGCCUUUGUCAAGUUGGUUAACUACCAGCACCUGAUGCCUACUCGCUACACCCUCGAUGUUGAUCUCAAGGAUGUCGUCAAUGUUGAUGUUCUCCAGUCCAAGGACAAGAAGGUCACGGCAUUGAAGGAGACCAAGAAGCGUUUCGAGGAGAGGUUCAAGACCGGAAAGAACAGAUGGUUCUUCACCAAGCUCAGGUUUUGAGUCUCAGUGCAACACCAAAUGCUUUUUACAUUUUGGGUAUUUUCCAAAGAGAUGUUACUGUUUUUUGUUUCCUGUUUCUAUGGAUAUUUUUGAGUUAAAAAAACUUAUUAGGUUUUUGUUUCCUGUUUAUCUUGAACUGAUUUAGAUUUAAAAAUAUAUAUUUAUUAUGAAUUUUUUUUGGCUAA